CCAGCAAAACCUUUUUAAUGUGUACCGAGUAAAAAGUUAAAAUGUGAAGAAAAUGACACAUUUUUAAGUCAGUGUUGGCCAGUUCUGGAACUCCACAAUGUGCAAGUUGUAACUCCUCAAGACUUGGAGAAAUCGCAGCCAGUUCAUGAAGAUCAUAGCUUAAUUAAUAAAUUGUGCACCAAAAUGUUUUCAAAACCAUUAACACUCUGCAGCUCCUGAGGACUACCAAUCAGGUGUCCCUCCCAACACUAUGGUGCUGAUCUUUCAGGCCAGUGAACGUCACCUCCGACCCUCAAGAGAUAUUGGAUCAACUGGCUGAUUUUCUCCUCGGGACUUUCAAAGCUGAGGAGUUAAAGUGAGCUAGAAAACCCUGCCGGAGUGUGUAUCGCCGUAGUAAUUAACAACACAGGUCAGCGAUGUCUAGCUGUAGCUGCAGAGUAACACAAGCCAUCAUGUUUUGUGUGUCACCUGUAAAUCAUCAAUUUCCAAAACCACUGGCUUUCACCUCUUGAAAUGUUGAUUUACUCAAUGGCGUUGAUUAGAUUUGAAAUUAAAAUCACAUCUCUCAAAGACCACAGCCAGCCAUUCCUAACUUAACUAAAUCAAAUCACAGCCACAGCUCAUGUGUUCCAAGUCCGUGCGGGGUUAUGGAUUUAUGGGUAAGCUAUUAAAUAUGUGAAUCCCCUGGACCGGAGCUGGCCAUCCCUUACAGAGAUGUUAUAAAGGGUGCAGCUCAAGUUAAAUGAGACACCAGCUUGCGCUCUUCUGUGCACAGCUCCAGUGUUUGAGGAUUGGCACAGGCUUUUUUAAAAGAGAUGCAGGAAAGAAGAAAAAUACCAUAGCGUUUGUAGUGCUUAUUAUCAAUUAUGAAGUUAAUUAUAAAAACGCAGUAUUUUGGGGAGAUCAGCAUUGGUUCGCCUCCACAGAUGUUCAAUGUGGUAUUUGACACCGGCUCGGCAAACCUCUGGGUCCCAUCCUACAGCUGCUCCCCUCUCUACACUGCCUGCUUUUCCCACAACAGGUAUGAUUCCUCUAAAUCCCGGACUCACAUUGAGAAUGGAACAGGCUUCUCUAUCCAGUACGGGUCUGGAAAUGUCCGAGGAUUUCUCAGUGAGGAUGUGGUUGUGGUGGGAGGUAUACCAGUGGUUCAGAUGUUUGCUGAGGCAACUGCGCUACCUGCUCUGCCUUUCAUCUUUGCCAAGUUUGAUGGGGUGCUGGGGAUGGGGUACCCCAAUGCAGCUAUUGAUGGAAUCACCCCUGUUUUCGACCGCAUCAUGUCACAACACGUAUUAAAGGAGGAGGUCUUUUCUGUUUAUUACAGCAGGGACCCUCACCACAAGCCUGGAGGGGAAAUAGUUUUAGGAGGGACAGACCCACAGUACUACACUGGACAUUUCAACUACUUGCGAACCAGCAAAGAGGGGAAAUGGCAGGUGAAGCUGACAGGGGUAUCUGUGGGAGCGGAGGAGCUCUUCUGUAAAGAAGGCUGUGCAGCUAUGAUUGACACUGGCUCCUCCUACAUCACAGGCCCCGCCUCCUCUGUGUCGAUCUUAAUGAAGGCCAUCAGAGCCACCCAACUGGCAGAGGGAGAGUACACAGUCAACUGUGACCAGGUGAAAGCCUUGCCCAGCAUUUCAUUCAACUUCGGAGGUCAUGAGUAUUCAUUAACUGGGGAAGAUUACAUUCAAUUGCAGUCGCAGCUCGGGGAGGACGUGUGCGUGGUGACCAUCACCGGCCUGGACCUGCCCCCACCCACCGGCCCCGCUUGGAUCCUGGGGGCCAACUUCAUCGCCCGCUACUACAUGGAGUUCGACCGCCGAAACAACCGGAUAGGCUUCGCCAGAGCGGUCUGAGGCUGGCAGCACACUCAAACGGCGAUCCCAGCGGAAAGAUUUGUUGCAACCAGAGAAAGGAGGCUGUGUUUACAAGAGCGAGAUCCAAGAAUUAUUUUUAAAUUAGCAAGUAGCUGUUCAAAUUAGCUAGUAAAGCAACCAUGCAGGCUAGUUGGACCAAACAGCCUCCUCUAUCAUUUGUAACCUUUCCUAUGUUUUCAAAUGCUUGUUUGUUUAAGUAUUUACUAUACAACAUGCUGCCUUUUUUUAAACAUGUUGUAUUUAGAAAUACAACAGAGCUUGUUAUGACAGUAGGACCUUCACACAGUGCACACUCCUGUAAGAAAGGGGAAAGACCUGCAGAGAUCAGUCAGUUUGCCUUGGGAGAUUCCCCUACCACACAGACAUUACAAUGCUCUCUGCUAAUCACGUCUCCCAUGUUGUGCUGGUCUACUGGUAUCUUGACUCUUCUUGCAAAAGGACAGGAUGUUCAGUUGCUCCAAUUAAGCCAAUACUCUGCAACUGAUUUGGAUCUGCCCAACAGAUGUGGAACCAUAAGAAAUUAGUUGGAAUGCAAACCUGCAGAAUUACAAAUCCCACUUAGCUGAUCUUUAAAGGCUUCAGUAAAAAUGUAUUUUGGCCUUCCAGUGAGUCAUUUUAAAGUUUUCAAAAAUGUGUCCAUCUCAAAAACAAUAUAAACCUACCUAAUACCUGGCAAAAGUCUACUUGAAUUGGCAGCAAACAAGACAACCCGUUUAAAACAUGCCCUAAUCAUAACUAUGUCUCCAUUACAACUGCAAACCAUUAAACACUCCUUUGUUCAUUCAACAAUUUCAGUUUGUGGAGAAAAUGUGAGUGGGACUGUGGUCAAAACCUAGAUACUCCAUGUCUUAUUUACAAAACCUGAACUGUUGUUAAAUUUUACUGUAUGUGAGCUUUUCUUUUGCUUUAGAAGCCUGAUUUAAAGCCAAUACCUUUUGGAAUACUUCUCAUAAUACUGUAUGUAUACUUUUGCUUACUUUCCAACUUGAAUCAAUACAAAUUUAUGUGUCAACAGUGUACAACACAUCAAUACAUUUGUCCCACUCUUGAGAAUGUUGCAAAGAAAAUGUUUUUCAUCACUUUACUAUGGGCAAUUUUUCCAGUUAGAUUAAAUAUGAAGUAGUCUAAGUAAUAUAAAAUGCAUAAUGCAAAAUGCAUAAGUGCAUGUUACUGCACUUAUUUGAUGCAGCGUGGGUAAACCCACAAUCUUUGAUUGCACUGGAAUGUGAGCCCUAACAUUGUGCGCCAUUAUUAAAACCAAAACUAAAUCCUUCUAUUGUCUCCCCAAACGUUUCUCUGCCCCACGAUGUUUCCACCCGCCUUCUCUGCUCAUUGCUCCUGCUGUCUGAUGUUGCCCUUUUCAUUGCCUGUGCCUGCAGUUCAUUUUAGUGUUUGAACCAAUGCCUGGUCAGUCUUUUUGGAAUGCCUCUGCUGUUUAAUAUAUUCAAACCGUACACUCGUUCGGUUAAAGCCAGUGCUGUCGAUUAGCCUCAACGCACAACCCAAAGCUGAUGCAGGCUGGGGUAAAGAGAGCUGCUAGAUGUAGCCAGUGGUGUCUGAUGUAUCCAGUUAUAUCCAGUUAUUGUGUCAAAAAUUAAAUAAUCACCUACACCCAGACUUUGCCACUGCUGCAUACAAUGUAACCACACCUGCAGAGGGCAGGAUGAAAGCAAUAAACACCGAACAAACCUGAUGUUGAUGGCUGUUCAUUAGUAGAAUUUAUGAUUGCUUGAUUCGCUGUCUGUUCCCCCAUUCUGUUCAUGUUUAGUCUCCAUCUUUUUGCUAACAGUGCAAAAGCACUGUCUUUAUUGCCUUUGGCUGUGUCCAUUUUCCUUCCUGCCACAAGUUUGUUCUUUGAAAAGUUUGAGAAACUUUGAUCCAAUUAUUCAGUGCAAACAGUGAUUUUAAUUCCAGCUUGUGUUUCCUAUGAUAAGGGCAGGCACACAGCACACAGCAACAGCUUCAAUAGUUUUAAUAUCUUAAAAGUGAGGGCAAGAGACAGAAGAUGGUUUUCUUAUCAGCAAAAGUCAGACAUCUUCUUUGUAAAUGCAAAGGAACUUAAAAGUCUAAUGCCCAAUGUGCUUUGGUCGGGAUGGCUGUUUUCAACACAAUAAUUUUAGCUGUCAUACAAAGUUGAGAAACAGAAGAAAUUAA